GGAGGAGGAGGGUGAGAGAGAAGCUCCGAGAGCAAGAGAAAAAGGGGGCACCCGGCGUCCCCCCCCAUACUUCCCCGCAAGCUGUCUCUCUGGCCGUGGCCGCCCGCUUUGGCCCGGGGUUACCCCGACUUUUGUCUCGCAGGUCUCCCCGCCCCUCAGUGAGCGGAUCGCGGCGCCCAGCGAGGCCCUGCUAGGGGCGGCCAUGCGGCGGUGACAGACGCACGGGCCGCGCUUCGCCCUCUCCGCUCGCCUGCACCCGAGACCGCUGCUGUUUGUUUGUUUUCUCCUUUUUUUUUUUUUGCUUCCACGGGCGGCCUUGCACGCGGCCUUGCACUCGCUUCCCCGUGGGCAAAAAAAAAAAAAAAAAAAAAAAAGCCCACCCGGGACUCGGCUGUACUCGGGGAUCAUGGCCCAAGUAGCAAUGUCUACCCUGCCUGUUGAAGAUGAGGAGUCCUCGGAGAGCAGGAUGGUGGUGACCUUCCUCAUGUCAGCCCUGGAGUCCAUGUGCAAGGAACUGGCCAAGUCCAAGGCUGAAGUCGCCUGCAUAGCCGUGUAUGAAACGGAUGUGUUUGUGGUGGGAACCGAGAGAGGACGUGCUUUUGUCAACACCAGAAAAGAUUUUCAAAAAGACUUCGUUAAAUACUGUGUUGAAGAGGAGGAAAAGGCUGCUGAGAUGCACAAAAUGAAAUCCACGACCCAGGUGAACCGGAUGAGUGUAGACGCUGUGGAAAUUGAAACACUCAGAAAAACCGUGGAAGACUACUUCUGCUUCUGCUAUGGGAAAGCACUGGGCAAAUCCACCGUGGUCCCUGUUCCAUACGAAAAGAUGCUGCGUGACCAGUCGGCCGUGGUGGUGCAGGGGCUCCCUGAGGGCGUGGCCUUCAAACACCCUGAAAAUUAUGACCUUGCGACCUUGAAGUGGAUUUUGGAGAACAAAGCCGGGAUCUCAUUCAUCAUUAAGAGGCCUUUCCUGGAGCCGAAGAAGCACCUGGGUGGCCGCUCGAUGGUAGCAGAUGCAGAAAGGUCUGUCCUGUCUCCAGGUGGAAGCUGCGGCCCCAUCAAAGUGAAAACCGAACCUACAGAGGAUUCUGGCAUUUCCCUGGAAAUGGCCGCUGUGACGGUGAAGGAGGAGUCGGAAGACCCCGAUUACUAUCAAUACAACAUUCAAGCAGGCCCUUCUGAAGGUGAGGAUGUUGAUGAAAAGCUCCCCCUUUCGAAGUCCUUGCCAGGAAGCCAUCAUUCUUCAGAGGGCAACGAAGGAACAGAAAUGGAAGUCCCAGCAGAAGAUUCUGCUCAACAUGUCCCUUCAGAAACAAGUGAGGACCCUGAAGUUGAGGUGACUAUCGAAGAUGAUGACUAUUCUCCACCCACCAAGAGACCAAAGAGCAUUGAGCCUCCCCAGCCGCCAGUCCCAGAGCCUGCCAACGCCGGCAAGCGCAAAGUGAGGGAGUUCAACUUCGAGAAAUGGAAUGCUCGAAUUACUGACCUACGGAAGCAAGUAGAAGAGUUAUUCGAAAGAAAAUAUGCUCAAGCUAUAAAAGCCAAAGGUCCGGUGACGAUCCCAUACCCUCUUUUCCAGUCCCAUGUUGAAGAUCUUUAUGUAGAAGGGCUUCCCGAAGGGAUUCCCUUUAGAAGGCCAUCGACAUAUGGGAUUCCUCGCCUCGAGAGGAUAUUGCUGGCGAAGGAGAGGAUCCGCUUUGUGAUUAAAAAACACGAGCUUCUGAACUCCACCCGGGAAGACUUGCAGCUUGACAAGCCAGCGUCGGGAGUAAAGGAAGAGUGGUAUGCCAGAAUCACCAAGUUAAGAAAGAUGGUUGAUCAGCUGUUUUGCAAAAAAUUUGCUGAGGCCCUGGGCAGCACUGAGGCCAAGGCUGUCCCGUACCAAAAAUUUGAGGCCCAUCCCAAUGACCUCUAUGUGGAAGGCCUGCCAGAGAGCAUUCCCUUCCGAAGCCCCUCAUGGUACGGGAUCCCCAGGCUUGAGAAGAUCAUCCAAGUGGGCAAUCGGAUUAAAUUCAUUAUCAAAAGACCAGAACUUCUGACUCACAGCACAACUGAAGUCACUCAGCCCAGGACAAAUACACCAGUCAAAGAAGACUGGAAUGUUAGGAUCACCAAGCUCCGGAAGCAAGUGGAAGAGAUUUUCAACUUGAAAUUUGCCCAAGCACUAGGCCUCACUGAGGCCGUGAAGGUCCCCUAUCCUGUGUUCGAAUCAAAUCCCGAGUUUCUUUACGUGGAAGGCCUACCUGAAGGGAUUCCCUUCCGAAGCCCCACGUGGUUUGGCAUCCCACGCCUGGAGAGGAUCGUUCGUGGGAGUAACAAGAUCAAGUUUGUUGUAAAGAAACCUGAGCUGGUCGUGUCCUACCUGCCUCCUGGGAUGGCCAGUAAAGUUAACACUAAAGCACUGCAGUCCCCAAAGAGACCACGGAGUCCUGGGAGCAACUCCAAGGUUCCCGAGAUUGAGGUCACGGUGGAAGGCCCCAAUAAUAACAACCCUCAGACCUCCACUGUUCGAACUCCUACGCAGACCAACGGUUCCAAUGUUCCCUUCAAGCCUCGAGGAAGAGAGUUUUCCUUCGAGGCCUGGAACGCCAAGAUCACCGACCUGAAACAGAAGGUUGAAAAUCUUUUCAAUGAGAAAUGCGGCGAGGCCCUGGGCCUGAAACAAGCUGUGAAGGUGCCGUUCGCGCUGUUCGAGUCCUUCCCCGAAGACUUUUAUGUGGAAGGCCUGCCUGAGGGGGUGCCAUUCCGAAGACCGUCCACGUUCGGCAUUCCCCGGCUGGAGAAGAUCCUCCGAAACAAGGCCAAGAUCAAGUUCAUCAUUAAGAAGCCCGAGAUGUUCGAGACAGCCAUCAAGGAGAGCACCUCCUCCUCCUCCUCUUCCUCCUCCAAGAGCCCGCCCCGGAAAAUAAAUUCAUCCCCCAGCGUGAAUACUACUGCGUCAGGUGUGGAAGACCUUAACAUCAUCCAGGUGACCAUUCCAGAUGACGAUAACGAAAGGCUAUCGAAAGUUGAAAAGGCCAGGCAGCUCCGAGAGCAGGUCAACGACCUCUUCAGCCGCAAGUUCGGAGAAGCUAUCGGAAUGGGCUUCCCCGUGAAGGUUCCCUACAGAAAGAUCACCAUCAACCCUGGCUGCGUGGUGGUCGACGGCAUGCCCCCGGGGGUGUCGUUCAAGGCCCCCAGCUACCUGGAGAUCAGCUCCAUGAGAAGGAUCCUGGAUUCUGCGGAGUUUAUCAAGUUCACCGUCAUCAGGCCAUUUCCAGGACUUGUGAUUAAUAACCAGCUGGUCGAUCAGAACGAGUCAGAAGGCCCCGUGAUACAAGAAUCAUCUGAGCCAAGCCAGGUGGAGGGUCCAGCAACAGAAGAAAUUAAAGAGACAGAUGGAAGCUCUCAGAUCAAGCAGGAGCCAGACCCCACGUGGUAGACUCUUCCCUCCCAGCUUAAAGCGCCUGUGGUUGAGAAGAGCUUUUCGGACCCGUUCCUGCCCCAUGCUGUGUAAUAUACUUGUAUAACAGAAAUACCUUCUAUACAAACCUGUUUUUCUACUUUUAGAUAGAAAUGUCUACUUUUUCAGCAGAUCUGUGAGUUGAUUAAAGAGCAGAGUGACUGUAGGUUUGCAGUGGCUGGCUGGCUGGCUUUGGAAUCGAGUAGCGUGCUGGGAAGACGCCCGGGACCUGGCGGGGGGCCUCGUCGGGUGUAAGGAGGUCCGCCGCGCUGUGCGUUUCCCAAUCAAGCGAGCGUCUCUCCCGCCGGAACAUCGCAGCUCCCGCAGCGAAGAGAAUGCCUGUGAUAGUCAGUUCUUUAGUUUUUCUAUUUGAGAAAUCAUUUCGGCGACCCUCCGCUCGCAGCUCUCCUUCGUGCCGAGGGAGGCCAGUGUCUGUAUAUUUGACUAAGCCCCUUCCUGAGCCCUCCAUCACUGUUCCUGUUUCCACCACAAUGAAGAGAAGCGCUGCCUGGCGGUCGGUGUGAGGUCAGUGUCCCCACACGCGACUAGAGAGGACGUCCUCAGAGGCUCUUCCACGGUGACUUUUUGGCAAGCACACUGCCCAGGGCACCCCCGGAGGUCAGAGCUGGGUGACCCCAAAGUCCACCCUCAGCCUGCGGAUGCGCAGGACUCUCGGGGAGCACUGUUCCGGCUCAGGUCGGGCUCAGGCUGUCUGUCAUUCGUCUCUGAUUCUGCCUGUGGCACUGCAGUGACCGCCCGCCCGCGUGUGCCCGCGGGGAGUGCAGCCGGACGCUCCUGUAUGCCAGGGCAAGGGUUGUAAGAUACCAGCUGUCGAAAGCUAGAGUGUGACGGCCUAGCUUCCUUUAGCUUUUUCACGAUAUUCACGAUGGGAAAUUAUAUUACAUGGUAGCAGAAAUAGGCAUUUUUAUGUUCCUUAUAUUUUACCUCAACUUAAAUUGUAGAUAUAGGGAAAUAAAUAAAAAUCAUCCUUGCCUUUCACAUA